CCGUCAAAAUGAGCCCGGAAGCCUGGCUCCCGCAGCCCACCUUGUUCCUCACUGGCCUCACCUUGCUCCUCUCGCUGGGUAAGUGUCGGCUUGAGCCCCCUUGCAUGUGCCCAGGUGGGGACACCCCCGUGUCCCCGGCCAGGAGCCCCCUGCCCGUGUGGCAGCCCCGCGAGGUGCCGUGCCGCAGGGUGGGGGCGGAGGUGGUCUGGCGUGCACCCUGCGGAGAGCCACCAGCCAGGGUGACCUGCUUUCGAGCUGGGUGGGGGGUACGGUGCCACUGCAUCUCCUCCCGAAAACGCCCCGCAUCCUGCUCGGGGUGCAGAGCCCUUGGCAUGCCGGGCACAGGAGCGGGCAGGCGUGGGGACGGGGCUGGGAAGGUGCUGCAGGUGGGCUGUGCUGCUCGUGGCUGUCCUUCGGGGUGCUGCCGGGUGGGCUGCGCUGGCGUGGGGCUGUCCUGCGGGUGCUGGCAGGGGUGCUGUGGCUGUCCCCGUGGCUGUCCCCGCGCUAGGGGCCGCGGUCCGUGCGUGCUGCCGGCGCCGCAGCAGCCGCGCUGUGUCAGCAGCUCCGCGGCCGCAUCGAUCGCGGCCACAGCGCUCCGCUCCUUUGAAGUGCUGUCCCGGGGCUCCUGCUGGGCUGCAUUUCCCCGAGGAGAGAGCCUGAACGCAGUCAGGGCUGCUGUGGAGGCUGCAGCGAUGAUCCCCCAGUCUGGGCGCAGCGUGAUGGAGCCUGCGCAGCGCCGCAGGACACGGCCAGCACGGCCCUGGGGCCUCGGGGGUUUCUUCCCCCUCCUCUGUUCUCCCCCAGGGCUGAGUGCCCGGCCAGUGGCAAAGUUUGGAUCCACACACAUGGGUGCUCCUAGGUCCUGCCAGGCCGUGGUGUCCCUGCUUGGGGUGACAGGUUUGCUGCUGGUGGCACCUCAUCCCUCUGUGGAGCCCCGGGGAGCCCCGGGGACAUGGGACAAGGCCACGUCCCCCACCUGCAGGCACAAAGGGCAUCGUGUGAGGGGCUCUCAGACAAGGAUUCCAUGCAGGGACCCCUCCAACCAUUCUUGCUGGGACAGGCCAUCUCCUGGCUCUUCUCUCCUGUCCCUGCAAGGUUUUCUUGGAGGCAUCCAAGGUGGUGGCUGCCAUGGGGCAGUGAGUGAUGCUGGUUCAGGACACUUCUUCUUGCCCUGGGUGCUGUGACUCGUCCCCAGGCACCAGCUGUGCCCAUCCCUCUGUCCCCAAACCCUGUGAGAGCCCUCCCUGCACUGGGGCUGGAUGGAGAUUGUUCCCCAUGGCUGCAACACGGCAAGGAGCCGUCCCCAGGGCUUGGCCAUACCCGAGGGCACCGCUCUGCCCCCAGGGAGCUCCAGGGUGCUGCUGGUUCCCACCUGGCAGUGGGGCCUGGGGCUCAGCACAGCUGCACCUGCAGCUUGGGCAAGGCUCUCGUCCCUGCCUGCAGAGCCUGGCCCCUUUCCUGCCCUGCUUGCAGGCGGAGCACAGCGCCAGCGGAGCAGCCCUGACAUGCACCCAGCUUGGCCGUGGGAAGAAGGUUUGAGAGCAAAGAGCAGCAGCCCAAGGGGAGAGCACCCCCGAGACUGGGCAUGGAGGUGAUGGCCCCCCCCAUCAUCAACGCCCUGAAUGGCUCCUCUGUGAAGCUCUCCUGCACCUUCAACUCCUGCUACAAGGUGGAGAACAAGCAGUUUUCCCUCAACUGGACAUACCAGAGCUGCAGUAACUGCUCGGAGGAGCUGUUCCUGCAGUUCCGCACCAAGAUCAUGAACAAGCAGCUGGACCGCUUCGGGAACCGCGUGGAGUUCACCGGCAACCCCGCCAAGAACGACGUGUCCUUCACCCUCAAAAACGUGCAGCUGGAGGACGAGGGCACCUACAACUGCUACGUCCUGAACCCCCCGGACCGGCACCUGGGCCACGGCAAGAUCAGCCUGAAGGUGCUCACCGAAGAGCCCCCGAAGCACGACUCGACGGUGGCCGUGAUCGUGGGUGCCUCCGUGGGCGGCUUCCUGGCCGUGGUGAUCCUGGUGCUGAUGGUGGUGAAAUGCGUGCGCCGGAAAAAGCAGCAGAGGCUCAACACGGACGACCAGAAGACAGAGGAGGAAGGGAAGACGGACGGCGAAGGCAACCCGGACGAGGGCACCAAGUAACGCCCCCCUGCCCGCCCCUCCCUCCUGUCCCCUGUACAGCGUGACCCUCUUGAUGUGCUUCCCAGAGCAAGGAUUUCUGUCUCCCCAGAGCAUCCCUCCUUCCAUCCAAACACCCACCCCAGCCUGGAGCAGGGCGCAGGGAGAAGGUCCCCGGAGCCUGGCUGUGCUGGGCAGGGCUGGGGAGGGGGCGCUGAAGCCCCUGAGGCUGAGCUGGGAGCAGCCUGUCCCCUGCUCUGAGUGCCAGAGGGCUGUGAGGAGGUGCUGGGGCGGGUGAGGGGGGACCUGUGCAGUCCCCACACACGGAGGGACUGGAGCAGGGGGUGCCAGGAGGGGCAGAGGGGUCUGGGCAGCCCCGUGCCCCAUUGUCUGCUCUCUGUCCCAGUAGAAAAUGUGAGCAGGGGCCAGCAGGCUGCCCUUGGGGUCACGGCUCAUCCCGAGGUGCUCCUGCUGUGCCUGGGUCACUGGCACUGGUGUUCCCAUCCCGAGGGAACCCCAAGUCUCCUCCUUGCAACUCGUGCUCCUCAGGGACUGUCAGGCUGCUCAGAAGUCAGUGGCCAAGGCCAUGAGCUCACCCAAUGUCUUGGAGCUUUGUGCUGUUUUGGAACCACUGACGGCUCUUGGUGUGCAAGGGAUGGACCCUUCUGCCUCUCAGGCUGUUCUUGGGUCUGAGCAUCUCAGCCCAAGGGGCUGGGCUGACUUUUCCGUGCUCGUUUCCUUCUUGGGGAGGGUAAUUGUGAUGGAAAAUGUCCUGCUGAUGUGUCAGACUGAGGUGCUGGGGAGUGGUGGGGUGAGGCUGCUGCGGACAAGGAGCUGCUGAGAGGGAGAGGAGCUUUGGGGCUCUUGCUGGGAAGGACUGGGCACAACAGCAGGCCCUGAGUUAGGACAGCUCUGUCAGCCUGGAGCAGCCCUGUGAUGCUGAGACAGCCUCCUCCAGCCUCCCUGCAGAGCACUGCACACCGUAACUGCCAUGGCAAUGCACUGCCAGCGUGCCCAGCCCCGUGUGCCACCCGCCUCACCUGGCAGCUGAGCUGUGCUGGCUGCAGCACUGGGCAUUCAGGCAGGGAGUGACCCGGGGCAGUGUCCCCUGUGUCACCGGGCCUGAGCUUUUCUCCUCCCGUGGCUGCCAGGGGGAGGACAGUGCACAGAGCCACAGGGGACACUGCCCAGGGGUCCUGACGGAGGUCCUGUCACCCACGAGCAGCACUGCCAGGGGAGAGGGGGCACCUGUGCAGAGAAGGGACACCUUUGCCAUGUCCCCAUGUAGGUGCCAUCCCGGCAAUGCCAUCAGGCCCCAAGGGUGGCAGGACAGCUGUGCCCUCCCUGCUCUGCCCCAUCGCUUUCCACCCCAGCCCCACGUGCUCCGUCCAUCCCACCCGACCCCGCUGGGCUCCACACUGCUCCCCUCCCAUCCGCAGCAGGAAUGUGCCAUGUCCCACGCCUGGCUCCCUCCCCUGGGCGCUGCUGCCCGGGGAGGGCCGGGCUGUCCCCACACCCCGCACAGUGCCAGCGGUGCCAGCGGUGCCGCAGGGCUCCCGCACCGCCUUCUGCCAGAGCCGGGCCGUCCCCGGCCCCUGGCGGGACUGAGCCAGCUCCUCGGGGGCACAGAGGCCUCUGAGUGUUGCACAUGACCAGCCUUGCAUCUGCCUUUCAUCUCUUUUCGUGCACUAUCCUUGGAUUGCAACUUGCCAAUGCAUCUGUCUGUACAUAGCUGUAGACAGCAGAGAGCUGACAAAUACAGAUCUGUGCACACGG